UGGAGACCACGAAUUUAUUUACCUUUGUUCGUUGAUAAGGCAAGUAAACUUUUGCAGCGUGGAAAAUCAUAAUCGUUGGAGCGGAAAAUCGGAUAAACAAAGAACUACAACUGCCUGGAACGCUGUGACCACAAAAGACUUGGGCAACAAACUUGGUUUUGGGCCAUGGGCUAAACUAAAUUAAAACGCUGACGAAAUUCCAUAAACAUGAUUCAGCUACGCCUGCGCAGUCUGAUUUUGCUGCAAUUUCUUGCCCUGGCCAGUUCGGAAUAUGUUUAUGGCGAGCCCAAGUUCAAGUGCCCCAAAAAAUCCAAGGUCUUGUACCCCUGCGAAUGUAUAAAGGGCAGUGAUGAUGGCCUUUUUAUACGUUGUGAGAACGUCAAUUUGGCCACCUUAUCUGUGGCCCUCCAAAAUUUGGCCUCUUUUCAAAUGCCUAUUGAGGAGUUGACCAUCUACAGAGGACAUUUCGUGCGUUUAUAUGGUCCUCUGUUCGCCCACAUCAAGGCCCGUUUGCUGAUCAUAGAGGAAACGCCAGUAGCUACAAUUGAGGAUUAUGUAUUCUAUGGUGUAAACAAUACUUUGGAGCAAUUAAAACUACUCCGAACGAAUCUCAGCCACGUAGGACCGCUAGGAUUUGGCAUUCUUGGAAAAGCGAAGGAAUUGGUAAUCGUCGGCCAUGCCUUUGUACAGCUCCCCAAGGAUCUUUUUGCUGGCCAAGAGAUUGCAAAUAGUCUGGGAAUUAUAAGAGUGACCAAUGGCAAUCUGAGCGAUCUGCCCGUAGAGACUUUCCAGCCUUUGAAGAAACUAAAAACGCUGGAUUUGCAUGGCAAUCAGUUGGAGAAUCUAAAACGCAAUCAAUUCAAAAACCUUAGAGAGCUUGAAGUCCUGGAUAUAAGUCACAACAAUAUCAAAAAGCUCGAGGCCCAGCACAUAGCUGAUCUGACAAAGAUGGGCUGGUGUAAUGUUUCCCAUAACGCCUUAAACGAACUAAGUCGCGGAACUUUUGCAAGAAACUCUGUGCUUAAAGUACUUCAUUUGUCCCACAAUAAUAUUGCCCGUCUGGAUGCGAAUAGCUUUAGGGGAAUGCGUUUCCUACGACGACUCUUCCUUAGCGAUAAUGUGCUUACAGAUAUUGGACGCGGUACUUUUGGCUCAGUUGCUCGCAUUGGAACUAUAGAUUUGGCUCGAAACCAACUGAAAAAGGUCGAAUAUCAGAUGUUUACGCAGAUGAACUAUGUGGAGUUGCUGGAUUUGGCGGAAAACAACAUAACCAAGAUUGAAAAAAACUCUUUUAAGGAUAUUUACCAGGCUGUGAUCAACAUUUCGCAUAAUGCCUUGGAACUGAUAGAAACCGGGGCCUUUGAAAACUGUGUUAACAUAACAGUUCUUGACCUGUCUCAUAAUCGUUUAACCAAUUUUUCACGCCGAAGUUUUGACGAGACAACUUUUGCCACCUAUUUUCAACUUAGCUACAAUAAUCUCACCAAUCUAGCUCAGAUUCCCAUUCAAAAUAUGACGGGAUUAAAAGUACUCAAUGCGUCGCACAACAGCAUAAGCGAAAUACCCAAAAAUUGUUUUCCGAAACUCUAUGAACUGCACACCAUUGAUGUUUCGCAUAAUAAUAUAUCCAGUAUAUUUAAUGGAGUUUUUCAAACGCUUUUCUCGCUACGCACCAUUGACCUGAGUCACAAUAGCAUGCGGGAGAUCAAGUCAUCAACCUUUGGCACUUUGCCUACUCUCCUGUGGAUGGAUCUGAGUCACAAUGAACUGGUUUCCGUAGUCCGAGGAUCGCUGGCCAAAUUGACCAGCAUGCGGCAGCUGUACUUAAAUAACAAUCAAUUGGAAAAACUCUUCCAGUUACCCAUUUCUUUGAACGAGUUGCAUUUCAGCCAUAAUAAAUUGAGUGAAAUCCCAGCGGGCACAUGGCCAGUGAUGAAUUCCCUGAUCUACUUGGAUCUGAGCCAUAAUCAACUGGGUGAUAGUCUUAAUGGCCAAAGUUUUACUGGUCUGUUGGUGGUGCAACGUUUAAAACUUCAGAAUAAUGGAAUAAGCCAGCCACCAAUGGAGGCGGUAUCGGUCAUGUCAACGCUGCAGUAUUUGUAUUUGGAGAACAACAACAUAACCACGCUCGAGCGCAGUGCCUUUGGCAAGUUGCCCGUAUUGUUCGAGCUGAAUCUGUAUGGUAAUCAAGUUAAGGAUAUAAGCAAACGAGCAUUUGAGGGCCUGCUGCAACUGCUCACUCUGAACCUAUCAUCCAACGGAAUUCAGCAGUUGCAAAAUGACAUCUUUAUUGGAUUGCCCUCGCUGCGAAAUCUUGAUUUGUCCUUUAAUUCCCUGACUAAAUUGGACAACAAAACCAAUGGCGUUUUGGACGAUUUACUUAGCUUGGAAACCUUGGAUCUGAGUCACAAUCGUAUAAGUUUUGACAAAAAAACCUUUCCGUCCCAUCAGUAUAUUCCUUACAAUCUAAGGAACCUUAACCUGAGCUACAAUCAAAUGCCCGUGCUUACUUAUGAUAUAACCUUUGGGACCAAGAAGCUGUAUAAGUUGGAUGUAUCUCAUAACCAGAUCAAUGACUUGAGAAGGGGAGUUCUAUCCAAUUUUACUUCUCUCCACAGUCUGGACAUGUCCCACAAUGAACUUGCCAAUUUGGCAUCCGAGGAGCACAUAUUCGACCUUCCUCAAAAUCUGAGUAGCCUGGAUCUGUCCCACAACCAAAUCUACCACCUGCCCUUCGCCAAUAUAGUGAAAGUAAACUCAUUAAAAUAUGUUGAUCUUACCAACAAUAGUUUGGAGGAUGUGCCUGCCUCCAUAGUGGGCAGCAUGAGGAACGGCAGCGAAGUGCUUUUGGCGGGAAAUCCCUUAUACUGCGGCUGUAAUGCGCGCCCUCUGAAGUACUUCAUGCUGCAGCAAACGUCGCCUGGUGAGGAUUUACAGAGCAUUUACUGCAGUACACCAGCAUUGAUCAAGGACAAACAGCUUCUCUCCCUGGAUGAUGAGUAUCUGCACUGCGCCGAGGACGAGCGGGAAAUCUAUAAGGGCUUCGACUAUGAACAGCUUACUGAUGUUCGAUUCCGUGAAGUGCAAGCAACCAAAUCUGGCAUGUUGACCCUGAGCUGGUUUGUUUCCGGUACUUCAGACGUCGCUGACUUCCACGUUUAUAUACGCAGCAGUAGCAACGAGGUGCUUCACCAGUCAGAUUACGCCUACAACAAUCGGACUGCCAAGAUUCCAGUGGAAGAACUCAUCGAGCUCGGAGAGGAGAAACUCCGUGGCGCGGAGAUAUGUAUAGUAUCACGGGAUAGCGACGGCAACACCCGCAAGUGGUUCUCCGGUCAGUGUCAGCAGCUGCCUUCGCUGAAGCGUCCCCGCACUUUCUUCUUUGGGAACUUUCAGGUCAGAGGAGGAGUUUCCGCAAUGUCCAGCAGCCUACCUCAUUGCCUUUUGUAUAUAAUACUCGUCUUGUUUGUUGCCCGCUUGUAAAAACAAUAAUCUUUUUAAACUUAAAGAUGUAAAAACCUUGUAGCGUUUACUAAUUUGUUCAUAUAAAUAUUGUGAUUAAUAUGUAUGUACUUUCUAA